GUUAAUCUGACGUCAUUUUUGAUUUUUCCGGCGGAUUUCUCAAAUCGACAAAUUUGUUUUCACGGUUGUUUCAGACGUAUUUGCGAAAUGAAGGCUGAGUCAAGCAACGAUUCGUUUGAAAUCGGUCAGAGAGUCCACUCGCUCAACGAUUCGCGUCGGGUGGGUACAGUGAAGUACGUCGGAGAUGUGGAGGGAUACUCCGGAACUUGGAUCGGCGUUGAUUGGGAUCAAGACGGCGAUGGAAAGCAUAACGGUACCGUCAAUGGCGUUUUCUACUUUAACGGUCGUUCUCAGAGCUCAGCUUCAUUUGUUCGUUCCCAGAAUCUUAGUCAUGGUAUCACAUUGCUUCAAGCUUUGGAGCUUAGAUACAGAACAACUUCAACUAAGGACGAAGAAGAUGAAAUGUAUGUUCUUUCUGCUGGGAAUAGACGUGUUUCGAUUCAGCUAUUAGGAGGGGAUAAGAUCCAGGAUAAGUUAAGUCGGUUCGAGGAGCUUACGAGUGCUUCUCUUUCGUAUCUUGGUGUUAGUUCUCUUGGAGUUUCAUCUGACUUGGGUUCAAUUCUACCAAAUUUGAAGCUACUGGACUUAACUGGAAACUUGAUUUCUGACUGGGAGGAAAUUGGUGCUCUUUGUGAGCAGUUACCAGCCCUUACUACCCUUAAUUUGUCUUGCAAUUCUUUGUCAAGUGAUAUCACCUCUCUGCCUCAGUUAAAAAAUAUCCGUGUUUUGGUUCUGAAUAAUAGUGGUCUGAGCUGGACACAGGUUGAAACUCUUAGGCGCUCGUUACCUGGACUUGAGGAGUUGCAUCUAAUGGGGAACAUGAUAUCUGCCUUAACAUCUACAUCUUCCUCAGAUGGUCAAGCAUUUAACUCUCUGCGACUUCUAAACUUGGAUGAUAAUUGCAUUUCUGAUUGGAGUGAAGUAUUAAAGCUAUCUCAACUUCCAUGCUUGGAGCAGCUUUACCUGAACAAGAAUAAGCUGACACACAUCUUUCACUCUGUAAAUGGCAAUGAAUCACCAAAGAAAAGCAGUGACCCGUUUCCAAGUUUGCGUUGUCUUCUUCUAGGAGCCAACAGCAUUGGCGAUUUGGCCUCGAUAGACGCACUGAAUGUGUUUCCUCAGUUAGUGGACAUCAGGCUUUCGGAAAACCCAAUAUCUGAUCCUGUAAGAGGUGGUGUCCCAAGAUUUGUUCUCGUUGCAAGGUUGACAAAAGUACAAGUGCUGAAUGGGAGUGAGGUAAGAGCUCGUGAGAAGAAGGAUUCUGAGAUCCGGUAUGUCCGAAUGGUGAUGUCAAAGUUAAAUGACAAGUCUGAGGAGAUUGAGCUGCUCCACCCUAGGUUUUAUGAACUCAAGAAACUUCACGGAAUUGAGGAUGAAAGAGCAUCAGCUGAGAACAGCGGCCCUAAGAAUAUGGCAUCUGGACUUUUAUCCAUUGCUCUCAAAUGCGUUGGUCCAUCAAUGGGUGAAAAGCCUGAGUUGACAAAAAAGUUGCCGGGCAGUAUCACGGUUGGGAAGCUGAAGAUCUUAUGUGAGAACUUUUUCAAACUCAAGUCCAUCAAGCCAAGGUUAUUUCUGCAGGAGGAGGGCUCACCUUUUCCGACAGCACUCGAUGACGAGACUGCAACAUUACUGGACGUUGGAAUAUGCGACGGUUCCACACUUCUUGUUGACGAAGAGAGUUAAGUUAAGGCCAUCACAUACUCCAC